GUAAAAUUUCAGUUCACACACACAGGUACCGAACCCUAAUAGCUAAUUUGUCUCGUUCAGCAAUCUUCUUCUUCUCGUUUCCCAGAAUUUGGGUCGCCAUUGAUUCGCACCUCGCAAGAUGGAAAGCACUAGAUCAGAUCCAGAGCUUGAUGAUGACUUUAGUGAAAUCUACAAGGAGUAUACUGGUCCUGCAAGUGCUGUGACCAACAACAAUAUCCAAGACAAAGACAAACCUGUCAAACAACGUUCUGAAGAAAGAUGUGAUGAAGAAGAAGAGCAACUUCCUGAUCCCAACUCUGUACCAACUGAUUUCACUAGCCGUGAAGCUAAGGUUUGGGAGGCUAAAUCCAAAGCUACUGAGAGGAAUUGGAAGAAGAGGAAAGAGGAAGAGAUGAUCUGUAAAAUUUGUGGCGAGUCUGGUCAUUUUACUCAGGGAUGUCCAUCUACACUUGGUGCCAAUAGGAAGUCUCAAGAAUUCUUUGAAAGGGUACCAGCUAGGGACAAUAAUGUGAGAGUUUUGUUUACUGAGAAAGUUAUGGAAAGUAUUGAAAGGGAGACCAGCUGCAAGAUUAAAUUGGAUGAGAAGUUCAUAAUUGUUAGUGGCAAGGACAGAUUGAUCUUGAGGAAAGGUGUUGAUGCUGUUCACAAGGUUAAGGAGGAUGGUGAGAUGAAAAGUUCUUCUGUUUCUCACAGGAGCAGAUCCAGGUCACCUAGGCGAACUUCUGUUGGACCAUCACGUGCUCGAAACUCUGAACCUCAAAGGCAGCAGCUGCCAUCACAUGGUUCGUCAAGUUUCCCAGAGCGCUCUGGAAGGCAAGAUAAGUUUGUGGAUAAUCGUUUCCGCGAAGAGACUCGUGUUCGUGAGAAUCAGAGAAACGUUCCUCGAGGAUCACCACAAGCUUAUGGUAGUGACAGAGCUCGGAGUCGUUCUACACAUUCGAAAUCUCCAGGGAGACCUCGUUAUAGUGGAUGGGAUAAACCGUAUGAUAGGCAAAAGCCUGAGGUGAGUGGUUAUAGGUCUGAAAGAUGGGAUCAAGAGAGAAUGGGUGGCUCCAGCGAUAUUCAGGUGAGUCAUCAGUUUGAACGCCCUCCUUUCCCACAAACGUUAGAAGAACUAGAAUUGGAAUAUACGAGGGAUGCAUUGGAGCUUGAAAAGAAACGCGAUAAGGAAGAAGAUGAGGAGAACAACAAGCAUCGUGAGGUAAGAGAUCCAGUGACUGAAUGUGUUUUUCUUAGAUUCAAAACCGAGUAUAGGCUGGAUUGAAUUCUAUCACCUCAGAAAUCGCAAUUCCUAGGAGUUCCAACUAUGAAGGUUUCAUGUUUUUUUACAUUUUAGUUGCUCAUAGUAUUGGAUGGCAGUGGAUCUCUCCAUAUGUAAUAUAGUCCCCAAUCUCCUAGUGAAAUGCAAUUCCUGUUGAGGAAUUUCAGCUUCUGACAUCAAUUUGUGCGAGUUUAUAGACAAUCCGGGAACUGAGAGAGAGUUACAUGAAGAAACUGGCUGGACUAAGGGGUAUGAAUGCUAAACAAUGGGAUGACUUCCUUCAACUCGAUGCUCAGAGACGUCAACAGCAAGCACGGCAGCAAAACUCUGGUCUGAGUUAUGGUAACUAUAGACAGUUUCCUCCUUAUGCUGAGUUUGAUGAUGGCUACUCUUCAAAUCCUCCUCCCUAUGGUGGAAACAAUAUGCCAAUGGAUUCCAAGGGAAGAUAUCCAAAUCAUGGAGAUAACUAUUCUUCAAGGCAUCAAGACAACAAUUAUGGUGGGUUCCAACGCCAGAGACGUGAAGAAUAUGGAAAAGCCUACAAUCGUUAUUAGAUGACUGUAGUCAGAACUUGUUUGGGUCUGCGACUCUGCUGAAUAUGUGUUACGACGAACGAGCAAACCAAGGGUUGUAGGUAAUCUGAAUUCUUAUUAGGUUGUACACAAUGUGGCUUGGAGACAAUGAGCAAACUAAGGGUUGUUUCCUUGCUGUUACGUCACUCUCAUAUGUAGUAAUGUUGAAUACCACUAUCCUUUGGCUUUUGUUUUUAAAUAUCUAAAGAUUUCUUGUUUAAGAGUAGUGAUAAAACCAUUAUGAUUGUACUCGUAGUUUAGCCUUUAAAGAUAUUGUUUUCUUUGAGAUAUGUUUCAUUUGUGCAUAUGAAUCUCUUUUGCUUCUGUCAAAAUGGAUUCUGUCUGGCCAUGGUUUGCAAGAGUUCUCUGCUUUCCAGGAGCUAACGUCUCAAAACUUG